AUGGCGGACGGCGCGGUCGAUGCGAGCACGUUGCAUUAUUACAAGCACAGCAAAGGCAAGUGUAUCCCAACCACCAAAAUCUCUACUUUCCGCGUCAUCGGGAAACAGUCGUCUACAUUUACAGAUCGUGUGCAUCCGAUCCGAAACUUUCAAGGUUCCAAGGGUUCCAGCAAAUCCUUGCCUAAUGCUACCGCAAAUCCAAGUGUAAACGUGCCAGCUGAAACCAAUACUGCCUUCAACCCACAGAUGCCCGCCAGUCGUCUUACGAUGGUCAAUCCCAAAUUCAACCAGACCGACCCUCUUCUAUACGCCAUUAGAAGUUUAAUCACCUUUAAGUGGUCAUUCGACAAAACAACAAUGAUUUUCGCGCCAGAAAACCUGGCUGUAGAAGUCACUCGGAACUCGGAACCAGCAGAAACCUGGCGCAUUGUAAACGUCUCUAGCGCGACCGCUGAAGUUCUGUGGGACACGUCCAAUAUUAAAAGCUGCCAUCUGAUCCCGUAUGCCAAUCUUCACUUUGGUCUUUAA